CUUCUCUCGCGCCGCAUCUCGCCAGCUUCAUCCUUAAUAUCCUUCUGUCAAGGCUCCAAGCAACAAGACGAUGCCAAUGCUAAUCCUGCUUCCAAGUGGAUCAUGGGGAAACACAGCUCUGGUCGACACUGCGCGCUUCUCGUCUUGACAGCCACAAGUCUCCUCUUUAACCCGACUGGGAAAUCACCCUGGGAUGCAGCUGUUCUCGAUCGUCUGAUCGCGAAUUCCAGAUGCCUAAGCCUUGUUCACUUUGCGUGUAGACUUGCUCUAUUUUCGUGCAAUGCGGCGUCGGGUAGUGCCAUUGUGGCCCAUUGAGCCCGAUCAUGGCUGAAGAAUCAAACUUGACAAGUCCAUAUUGGCACAUGGAACAAUUGGGGUGCUAUUUGCUAUAAAAACUCUCUUCCUUCCAUGUGUUUCUACUCCUCACCGCACCACACAGUCUUUCAUUGUCACUCUCUGAAGCUUCACAUCUCAGAACAAUCAAAAUGCGUUCCACAUACAUCAUCUCUGCUUUUGCAGGCCUCGCUCUUGCAGCUCCUCAUCCUCAAGACAUCGAAUUCGACCAAGUCGAUGCAGCACCUGACCCAACCAUCGUCACGCCACCAGUCUUGGGUGCCAGUGCCACUGUAUCAAUCCAACCAACUGCUGCUGUUGCAACCGUUGCGGAUGCUUCCGUCACCGAAGUUGCUUCUACCAAUUCAACUGAAACCAAUGACAAGCGGGAUUUUUUAGACUUCUUGGGCAAGCGUGAUGGCAACUGUGCUGUUCAACCCAAGGGAACUGGACCAACAGUCAAUACCCCUGACGACACUCCCGCAUCUUUCUUGGCAUACCAACCAUUUCAAACCACCGCAACCAAUGCCGCAACUCCUCAAGGCUACACUCAAUCUUUUGUCAACCUUCAGGGAUCCAGCCAGACUGUCUCGUGGCUCGGCUACACCACCUUGAGCUCUUAUGACACUGUCGCUUGUGCCUCAUACUGCGAUCAACUUGAUGGAUGCCAAGCUUUCAACAUCUACUACGAGCGUGAUCCAACUGAGGAUCCAAAUGCAACAAGUUGCCCCAACCCCCCAUCUCUCACCAACAUCAAGUGUUCUCGAUGGGGUGUCCAGAUCACUGCUGACACCGCCGUCAACACUGGUCAAAACCGUGAUAGCUUCCAAGUUGUCAUCGCUGGUUCCAACGGCUACAACAAGAACGCCCCUCCUCCCGCUCAAACCGGCUUCACUGGUCCAGUUGAGCUUGGCGGUGCUAUCAACGCUCCCAAUGACCCAGUGACCAACACCAACACCUACAUGGGUUACAAGUUCUUCUCCUUCGGUCAAGUUCAAACAUACCCCGCAGGAGUUCAAGCCUGCACACUUGCCUGCACUGCUCAAACCGCCUACAACAGCCGCCACCCACCUUCCACCGGCAAGCCCAAUGUCUGCAACCAGGUCGUCGUCUACGUCUUGAGCGAUGAGAACGAUCCUAAAGGAAUCUACUGCGCUAUGUACAGUGAGGAGUGGGCACAGAACUAUGCGACCAACUACGGACAAUACAGAGGCAGUGAUUACUGGUCUGUCAGUCAGGCAUACGCCUACACAAACGCAACCUACUCAGCUGCUUAUGGACCUAUCUGUGCUGUUGGCGGAUGCCCAAGUGGUUCUUACCGAGGAGGCAACUGUGGUGGAUGGGGUACUGGAAAUUGCUAAAUGACCAUGAAAACCUGGGAGCUGCUGAGGGAGUUGUAAAUAGAGUUCAAUCGUAAUUGGGAGGACAUCUGCGGGUUUUAAUGGUGGAGUAUUGGAAUUAGACUUAAUUGACUUCAUUUGUUACCACAUAUCCCAUUUUCCAAACUUAGCUUCAUUGCUCUCGAAUCUUCUUGUCGAUCUUUGACGGACACUCCGGCUAUUCCAGACAUCGUGGCACUGUGAUUGUCUGACUUUUGGUUGGGAAAUAAUCUGACUCUUAACGAGUGUUUCCAGUGUACUUCAGCUAAUUCAAUAAUAAAGUAGAAGAAGGAAAGUGGG